AUGGUCGGACAGAAGGGUAGGUAUGCUGGUAAUAUCUUACUUUACGAAUAUCUCUCAUCCAGGCGGGCUCCUGUCUUUCUGAGAAGAAAUUUGGAGCGCGUUCUCCACAUAAACCAACAUCUCCUGGAGUACGGCACUACAGAUCAUUUUCCUGGACCGGACCACGACUUUCGUGCAUAUUGGGAUCUGCCCUCGCAUGAGAACCUCGACGACAUGAUGGAGGAUUCUGAAGCUCAAUUCGUCCUAGACAUACACGGCAUCAAGCUCCUAAAUCCAGAUGGAACUUCCCGGACCACCAACAACAACACCAGACUCCCGAAGAAAGCUCGAACUCUUCACCUCAAAUGUGUUGUAGAAGUCAAAGUUUGGGCAGCCUUGUCAGGACCUGAGUGCGCAAAACAAGACCUCAAUAUCAUUUUGAGCGGAAAAGAUGGUAGCCACGGAAGAGACUUGGAAGUACAAACCGAGCCUAUCAAUCCAAUCAGGCUUGAGGAGUUAUCAACUGGCUCUAGUGGUCUUGCCAAAGACUAUACGAUGAUUGCGACUAUCAAUUUCAAAAACGGGGAAGAUGCGCAGGAGUUCCACGCGUACUUCGGAUCAAAAACUCAAGCCCAGAAUGCACCAGGGCGAAGAUUGACGGCGCUCUGGAGCAACAUCUUGGAAUGUCCCGAAGGGACGGUAGUGCUGCCACUCAAAGGAAAUAGCCAGCUAGAUCUUGGUCUCGAAGUGUCCAUGUGCUGGUCAAGCAGAGAAGAGUCCAUAUUGACCGCUCACAACCGGCAUCUCAAGUCAUUGGUACAGGCUACUAGGUGUCCCUCUCCACCAGUGGAGGAAUACCCCAAUUCACCAAGAUAUGAACUCACAUUCGUUUACGCAAACGAAACGAUCACGCGGUCAAGCGUGGCCUGUCCGCAUUGUACACGAAAGCCAGCUAAUGUAUAUGAUCUCCGUAUGCACCUGCAGGGCGUACAUGAUCACUUCGACUACACGGCCAUAGAAGAAAACGAGACCGAGGCAGGUGUAAGUCGCUGGCGGUUUGAAUGCGAUGUUGCGGACCACAAAGCAGAGCAAAGGGCUAGUCAUCGUGCAGACGAGCCUUUCGAUGUUCGUGUCAUGGCUCCCGAGGACCCAUUCGAUCGCCAGAGGUUUCUAGACGACGGCGACGACUCAUUCCAGCAAGCGGCCAGGAAAGGUCGGACAGUCAACCAGAGAAAGACGGCAAAGGUAGCAGCAGCCAAAGCAACCGCGGCAGAACCACCAAAACGGAAACUUCCUGAGGAGGUUCAAGCCAGGCCGAGAAAGGAUAGAAGAAGGUACCCUGUUCCAAAACCUCCUCCUCGCACCACCUUUUUCAGGCAAAUCAGCAAAAGACCGCUGAAAGAGGGAGAAUACAUAAGCGAAAGCGACGACGAUCCUGAUACUGAGUGGCUGGAUCUGCGGAAAGCUGCGGAGAAUCGCAAAGACGAACAAAUCUCGGCAUCCGCAGAACGGUUCCUGAAGACUUAUGACAGAUAUAUGCGAAACGAGCACUUGCAGUCUGAUAACCAUGCUGGAGAUGCCCUCAUCCGUUUUGCGCGAGAGAUGGGCGUCUGGCUGUGGCAAGAGCGGUUAUUCGACGAGUUCAAAGCCAAAGUCGGCGAUUUGCUGGAGGAGAACAUCAUUUCCAAAAAGAUUCAUGCGGGGAGUCUCGAUAUAGUCGAGGCUCAGAAACCAAAGGCUUUCGAGUCAAGUCGGCUCUCUCAGCGCCUUGCUGAGCUACAUGUCGAAAGUUCGCAUGGGCCACCAUCCCCCGAAGGUAGCAGAUCUGACGAUAUGUCAGAGCCGAGGAUACUGAACAAAGGGAAAGCCAGGGUCCAAAUCACCGACACUGGCUUUCUUACUCCGGUCACAGCAGAUGGCGAUGUGGACAUGCCAGAUGCAAGCCCAGACAUUGCAGGAGACUGGUCAAUAGCCCGCCAGGAAGAGAAUGAAGCAGACAUAUACAUGGAGCCGAUUCCAGGGCGAUGUCUUUGUGGACAAGACGCUUUACCUUACCCUCGGAAAUGUCCAAUCAUGGUUUGUAAUGAUGUUGACUGUAUCCGUUUCUACUUUCAUCUAGAUUGUGUGAGAAAGCGCUGGAAAGUGCCCGAUUCAUUUGACCCCAAUACACGAGACUGGACAUGCGGCGACUGCCAGUCCAGGAACGACUGA